AUGACCCCAGCUUUGAGAGAGGCCGGAAUGAAGGGACAUGGUAUCCACUUGUCAUCUUCUUUGUCUAGAACCAUGGAGUCUGACACAGUACUUUGUAUGGAAAGUCCAGGAACUGUUGAAGAAAAACUAAAGGGAGACUCCAUUACACAGAUUAAUUGCUCAAUGCUGGGGUUUCCAACUCCUGAACCUAGCCUUAAUACUAAUUUUGUGAAUUUGAAACACUUUGGCUCUCCUCAGCCUUCAAAACAUUAUCAGACUGUCUUUCUAAUGAGUUCUAAUUCUUCAUUAAAUAUGUAUAGUGAAAAUUAUACACAAAAGAAGUUAGGAGACCCUAAUGGCAAUAAGCUAAAAAAUACACUGAGGAAUGGCACCAGCAUUAGGCUUAGUAGAAUUUGUCCUCCUAAUUCUGAAGAUUUCAUCAAACAGGAACCUUUAUCAGAGACCACAAGCCAAUGCAUAACUGAUUUGCCAAGUGUUUUGGAUUCCAGUGUAACCAAAGUCAGUAGUGUAGAAAACAUAGAGCUUCCAAACUGUAAAUGGUACCAAAAGAAUGGUCUUUUGGAUAAAGCUACUGGUGCUGAGAGUAAAAAGAGUUUUUUGCAGUGUGCUCAAAAGAAAGCUUGGCCUGGGCACACAAAUGUACUUAUUAGCUCCCCUGCCACUGAGAAAGAAGAAGAAGUAAAUGCUCGUUUACUUCAUUGUGUAAGCAAACAAAAAAUUCUCUUUAGCCAAGCCAAAAGAACUCAGAAACAUUUGCAGAUGCUCCUGGCAAAGCAUGUUGUUAAACACUGUGGUCAACAGAUGAAAUUCUCUAUGAAGCAUCAGUCCCAAAGAAUGAGAAUCUUUCAUGAACCUGCCAGAAUUCUGGACAAUAGUUUCCACAGAUGCACCGAAAUUAAACCAGAAGUCUGCAUAUCUAAUGCAGAGAAUGAUUUGUGGAGAGAUACCAAAAAUGGUUUUGCAAGGUGCACCAUUGCAGAAAUUCAGAAGUUUGCACUGUCGGCUGCAGGAUUGUUGUCUCAUGUUGAAGAGGGUUUAGACUCUGAUGCAACUGACAGCAGUUCAGAUGAAGAUUUGGAUGAGAAGCCCAUUAGAAAAAGUGUCAUGGUUAACUAUAGUACUGAAUGGAAGUGGCUUGUAGACAGAGCUAGAGUUGGCAGCCGCUGGACGUGGCUUCAGGCCCAGAUUUCGGAGCUAGAAUACAAAAUCCAACAGCUAACUGACAUUCACAGGCAGAUACGUGCCACCAAGGGGACAGUGAUCCUAGAAGAAUGCCAACUUCCAAAAGAUAUUCUGAAGAAGCAGAUACAAUUGACAGACCAAGGAACUUUAUUAAACACCACGGGGAAUUCUCAGGUUCCCCAGGAGAGACAAGAUUCUUUACCAGAACAAGAUUUUGAAAUGUCACCAAGUAGUCCUACACUACUUCUUCGAAAUAUAGAAAAACAGAGUGCACAACUGACUGAAAUAAUCAACAGUCUGAUUGCUCCACUCAACUUAUCCCCUACUUCAUCACCCCUUUCUUCUAAGCCCUGUAGGCAUAAAAGACUGGCCAAUGGCAUUUCUCGGAGUGCUUCAGAGAAUUUAGAUGAACUCUCUUCCUCCAGUAGCUGGUUACUUAACCAGAAGCACAUUAAGAAAAGGAGAAAAGAUAGAACAAGAUUGAGAUCUCCAUCUUUGACUCUCAUGAGCACAGCAGCACGAACAAGACCUCUUCAGAGUUUCCACAAACGAAAACUCUACAGAUUGAGCCCUGCUUGUUAUUGGAUUCCAAAGGCUUUGCCUUCCAAAGAAACUCCAUUUCAUAAUGCUAGACAAAUGUCUUGCAUGAUAUCAGCUUCAACCUGGAAUAAUUGUGAUCACAAUACUAAGUCUGAGAUAUUAAAACAACAUGUACCAGAGCUAGAUUCUUCUUUCCAUUCUGUUUUAUCACUCCCAUCAGAUGUUCCACUUCAUUUACAUUUUGAAACACUGUUGAAAAAGAAUGAAAUCAAAGGAGACCUGGCUGAAAGUACAUUGCUGGAAGAAGAAUGUAUCCUAUCUCCGUCAACUGCACAUAUUUCGCAGAGUACUCCUCUUACCCCAUGGAGAAGUGGAUAUUCUCCUGUAUGCAAACCUCAGACCAGAUCAGAAACCUCCGCACAAUUGUUACAGGGAAGGAAAAAAAGGCACUUAAGUGAAACUGCAAUAGGGGAAAGAAAUAGGUUUGAAGAAUUUACUUUACAACAUACAGAACCAGGAUCCCAUAACAGCUUUACUGCGGUCACUAAUAUCAAUGUGAUAUCUAGGUCAACCCAGAAUUCAUCACAAAAUACGACAAGGCGGAGAUUAAGAAGUGAGAGCUCUUAUGACAUAGAUAAUAUUGUGAUUCCUAUGUCACUAGUGGCCCCAGCCAAGUUGGAGAAGCUGCAAUAUAAAGAAAUACUUACUCCAAGCUGGAGGAUUGUUGAUCUUCGGCCUCUGGAAGAAUUUCAUUUAGGGGAAGAAAUAGAAGAUCUUUCUGAUGAAGUCUUCUCCCUACGCCACAAAAAAUAUGAAGAGAGAGAGCAAGCAAGGUGGUCACUGUGGGAACAAAGCAAGUGGCACAGAAGAAAUAGCAGAUCUUAUGGCAAAAAUGCUGAAGGGCAACAAGGACAGGACUCAAUAUUAAAAGAAAACCACAGUGAUAUUAACACUAUUGAGAACUGUGUUUCUGAAGCCAUCCUUGAGUUUCCUUCUGAAAUGCAUGGUCUAUGUGUUCAUACCUCGCCUUUGUUAAACAAAAAUCAAGAAGCCAAGUCUGUGUGGUGGGAACGACGGGCUUUUCCACUGAAGGAUGAAGAGGUAGCUUUAUUGUGCCAAGAUGAAAAAAACUAUCAGGUUGAAAGGCCAAGCACAGCUUUCCCUGGUGAAGUCUUCUGUAGCACUGUGUCAGAUCACAGUCAUCCUCCAAAAAAGCAAUCAGUAGACAGACUGGAAGAUUAUAAACCUCCUGGUCUAGGACUCAGUAGUCUAAAGAAAAAUAGGUGACAGGGAACUUAGUGGUUCGUAAGAAAAAAGCUAAUUAAACUGGAGAAAACAAGGCAGACCCUUCCCUCUCAACCCUCUUCAACAACAAAAGAAACCCCACAAAUUUCAAUGCAUUAGAGAAACAGCAUGUAAUGUAUUAAUCUUUCGUGCUAAGAGACAGGUUAAAAAAAUAAAAAAAUAACACUUUCUUUCCUUCUUGAUCCACAAGAGAAAAUAGUUCUUUUGGUCUUCAGACCGUAGGUGCAAUAGUCAUUUGCUCUUAUUAGGCAAGGCCAAAUCACUGGCACCAUGAAAAUGACCUAAUUAUUUCCUGAAUUCUGGUGUCAAAUGCCUACUUUUUGUUACUGAUACUUUUUCUCCUUUAAGAUGUACUGUACGGUCCUGGUGUGUCAGACUGUAGCAAAAUGUUGUUUUUUUUUUUUUUUAAUGCACAAGAAACAAAAACACUAAACUCAUCAAACUGCCUUAAAUAUAAUUAAAGUACUGUUAUGGCUAGCAACUCAGUUUUAAAAUCCACAUAUGAAAAACCCUGAAGAUAUAAGAACCAAUAUCUAGCUUUAUAGAUCCAUAAACACAGAAAGAUUUUAACUGAAUACAGACUUCUGAAGGUCUUAACUAUGGGGGAGGGGGGAGUUUUUUUUUUUAAACAUGCUUUACUACCAUUAACAAGUGGAAGUCAUUUAUAAAAUUCUUAAUAUACAAAUGAGAUGAUAAUCUUUUUAUUUUUAAAUCACUGAUUUCUGUUAGACAUAACAGACCGUUUCUGUUCACUCAUAAGAGUUUAAUUGGUACAUUAAGUCACCAUGUCUUUGGCUUUCCUUAUAUUUACUAUUUCAUUUUUACUGUGUUACAAGAACCUGAAUGGGUCUUUAAAAUAUGCAUAUUUAAAAUAACUUACUGAAAGGGAAACAAUCAUCAGUAUGAGCUUGAAAAUACUGCUUUGGUGUAUUCCUGGCUAAUGAAUUUAUAAAUUCCUUACCAUACCUUGCUUUAAAAGCAAAUGAUGAUUUGUCCAUUCAUAUCUACUUGUAUCCUAAAAUGAGGCUGAUACGAUUUAUACCAAGUUGUGUGCAUUUUAAGUGGAAUCCUUUUUAAGCUACCAUACCAUUAUAUUUUUGCUGUGUGGAGCAGUUGAGGACAAUUCAUAGAAAUCACUUUUUCUCAAGGAAAAACUAUUGCUUCAAGUUGUAGUACCCAUACUUAUUAAACUAACACUGGCCAGCUGGCCUAGUUUGUGUGAUUUGACACAGUUUUUGUCAGGGAUUGGAAAACUUGAUACUGGACCCUUUGGGGGGAGGGGGGAGAAGUUCAAUCAAAUUUCAACACUGACAAGCCUCUGCUUGUAGUUUCACUGUACAUUUAUUUUUAAAGAAAAACAAAAAACAAAAGCCUCACAAACACAAGUUUGUCCAGAAAAUUAAAACUUGAAUCUUGCUGUCAUGUCUGAUACCAUGAUCUUCUAUGUAAGUUUUUUAAUUAAAGUUAUUUCUAUAUGUC